CCCUGCCCCAGCUACGAGAAAUCUACGAUUUAGCCAUGUGAAAAAAAACUGUACUGGGUGGACUUCAGAGAUUAGUACCCAUCUAUUUAGAUGUCACUGGUCUUUAAUUGUUUUCUCUCUCUCUCUCUCUCGUGAGUUGGAACAACAUGGCUGCUGAGAUUGCGCAGAAAGAAUGAAGAGUUAAUAAAAAUUCUGCAUUUUUUCCUCUCUCUGGAUUUCUGAAGGAUCUAGAUUGUGUUUUUUGGAGUCUACCCCACCCCCCACCCCCGUCUUUUUCCCCUCUGUCUCACUCACACACAUUCCCUGUGGAACAGAUAAAGAAGACCUGGGAAGCAGAAAAUGACUGCAGGGCUCAGUAGGGCGAGGUAAGAAGACAUGCAGUCCUUCCGAGACCCCGGGGGCUUCCAAGGCACCCAGCAAAACUUCCAGCAGGUGCGGGCCGACUCCGCCCGCCUGGACACCUACAGGCAACAGAACUCGGUGGCCCAGACCUACGAGACUCAUGGGAUCAGUUCAAAGGAGUAUUACAACCAGCAAACCUACCAGGGUUACGGGAACAACGCCGCCGGCGGUUACUUCAGCGGCACUAAACAAGUUUCUGCCCAACACCCGCAGGGAAGAUCGUCCAAUUAUCAGAGCGGCGGUUACUCCAGACAGUUUCAGAGCGAGGGGCAGCCCUCGAAAUGGGGGUCUCCGGCCUCUUCGGUGGGAGGACUGUCCCAGUACGUGCAAGACUCUUUCAAAGGUUCCGUCCCUUCCACCACCGCCUACCAACAGCAGCACAUGGCGGGCGGCGCCGCCCAGAACCCGCCAGGCCCGCACACCCAUUUCAUGCAGCAGCCUCACCACAAGCCUCUGAUGCAACAAGCCACCUCCUAUGUCCCCAGGCCAGCCCACUUCAACCAGGCUUUUCAGUCCUCGCCCAGCGCCUACCCCGCGGUCCAGGAUUACAGCCACUCCUCCCGCUCCUACGAAGGCUUCGCACAAGUGUCCGCCAGCUCCCGGUACGACCAGCAGAGCGGGGCCGCACCGGACUAUUCCACCCAAGCCGGCUAUGGGUACAAAGCGGCCGUCGCCAAGUCUGGGGGUUACGAGCAGAAUAAAGUGGCUCACAUCAAGCAACAGAACCUCCAGUAUCACAACCAGGCGAAGAUGCACCUGUUAAACCAGUCCCCGCAGGUCUACUACCAGCCCGAUGCCCCUGUGAAAUCCCCCGAGCAAUUCUAUCAGACCUUCAGCCCAACGUCCACCCACUCUCCCGUCUCCACCGUGGUCAGGUCCCCGUCUUACAGCUCGACCCCGUCUCCACUCAUGCCCAACCACGAGGCUCUGCAGUUCGCGCCGCCCUCCGAAGGGAGUUCGGUAGCGCCCGACCUCAAGAGCAAUGUUUCUCACCUGAUGCCCACCGCCGCCAAUUCCACCAGCCGGAGUCCCAGCAAGACCCAGGCUGACGCUUGCAAAGUCUUCCUCAAGGAUAAAAUUCCCGAGAAAUUGCUGUCAGACGGAGCUUUCAGCAGCCUGGUGGCGCUGAGCUCACAGGUGGAAAACAUCCCCAGGACGGUCCAACAGCUCUUGCUCUCCAACACGCUGGCUCCUCACCGGAAGAUCCCCAAACGCCUGCCCAAGAAGGCGGAGUUACCGAAGGAGCUGAAGAGCCCCAAGGAAAGCAUGUAUUCGGAAGAAGCACUGGGCACGCCUCAGUCGGUACAAGCCGACCUGCAGGAGGGGGACUACUCCAGCAGCCCUGAAGAUCAGAUGGAGAAGAUACAUUUCUUUCAGAACCACUCUGCGAAUCUGGACGCACUGAGGAAGAACCUGGACACCAUCCUGGCUUGCUCUGUAGCCUCUCCCAACGAGGUGAUGGCCGAAACCAAAUCGGAUGACCCGGUGCUGAGCGGAGAAAGCUGUCCAACUUCUUCGGGCUUGUCCAAGCUGGCGACAGAUGGACAGCCGGCCCUGUUUGGGAAAGAGGACGCGAAGUCCUCCAGUGUCAUUAUCCUCAAGGACUCCUUCAAGGAAAGGUUGGAAACGGAACUUAAGUUCAAUCAUCUUGAGGAGGACAAAGAAAGCAGGGGCUCCCCGUUAAAUUUGGAUAGCGCCGAGAACUUUUUCGGCCACCUCAUCCGGCCGAAGCGUUCGGCCCAGACUCUGGGCUCGGACUGUAACGAGGGGAGAGUGAAGGGUGAAAACCCAAUGAUGACAAAGAGGUUUGGCGAUGAUAGUUGUAGCGAAUCUCAACUUUUUCCUAGUAGAACGGACUCCACAAACCUGUUACAGCCGUUGGCAGGAGAUUACAAAGAUAACCUGGUCCCCUCUCUGUCCGGCAGUAACCAUCAGUGCUGCUCUUCGCUGAUAUCAAGUGCCUCGCAGGAUCUGGAAAAGCUGAAUCUUUUUGAUUUGCCCGAUAAGAGAGGGAAGGAGCAGUCGGGGGAGUGGGGGGAACUGGAGGCUGACACCCCUGAGUGUGACCUUCAGAAACAGUGCCUCCAGACCGCACACGCCAACUCCAAAGAGCAGAGUCCUUUAGAGGUGGACUUGACUCCCGCACAGUUCACCCAAGCGGUGGAAGGGCCGAGGGAAGCCGACGAGGGAGAUCCUGAGGACGGCGGCGACAGGGAUUCCGAACUGAGACACCGGGCCCCAGAACAGAAGCCGUCAGAGAUCGGCCUGGCGGGUGACGAGGAGCCAGCAGUGGAACCAAACGAUUCCAUGGCCCCACAGGAUCACGCUGCUGCUUUAUCUGAAAGAAAAUCCGUCAUCUGCGAUGUCUCUCCGACGCGACCCGCCGCCAGGGAGGUGGUCUCUCCACACACACACGGGAACAGCGGCGGGGCAGAGGGAAAACAGAGUGGGGCAGAGAGGGGCGAGGAGGAAGUGGGUCCGAAUGCAGGUCCCCGCUUGCUGGGACAUUCCGUUAUCCACGUGGGACCGGCGAUAGCGGCAGAGUCAAAGGUUGACCAGGAGGAGCCCCCGAGAGCUGAGGGUUACACGGACCAUCUGACGCAAGAGGUCCUGGAGUCCACGGCGGCAGAGACAACCGACCUGCCGGCGCUCUCCUCCGACCUUAUCAGCUCGGCGCUGACCGAGAUAGAGAAUGGUCCCACCAAAGUGUCGGCGAGCAGAGGCGCCCGGGUCCGGAGGCUGUCGGCCAGAGCGGCGCAAGGAGCCGGGCCCAGGGGCAAAGAGCAUUCGCCGCCACAGCCAGAAGAUAACAUCCAACAUCUAAAGAUGGUGCCCAGCAAACUGAGGUGUUUGGGGCCUCAGAGGGACCGAGCUAAAAGCAAACCCCCGCAGGAAGGGUACGCUGUCGCCGAGCCCGUGGUUAACACCCCUACCAGAAUGUGCACCCGUUCCUCCACCGCCCUGCUGGACUCUGAACUGACCCUCCAGUCCCGGGCUCUCGUGAGGAGGAGGAUGAGCUCUCAGCGAGAGGACGCGCCACGGGAGAUGAGCUCCAGGCAGCGGUCGCACUCGGAUUCGGACAAGUGUCUGAUCCACAGGCAAGGUACCAACGCAAGUGUCCGGGCGCAGCACCUCGCCGGCUCGGUUGGCCACAGUCGGCCCGCCUGCACCACCCACCCCGACCAACAGCUGAAGGGCCGCGACCCCUUGAGCCAGGAGCCCAAUUCGUAUAAAUCCGUGGUGCUAAGGGCCAGGACCAGGGCUCAGGGAAUGAUUUUGCACAAAGAUGUGAAACAACGAAAGAACUGCGAUCUUACUCCCAGCCGUUGUUUCACCACCAGAAAUAAUUCAUCGGUGACGAGGACUCAAAAACAGUUAACCACCAGGCAAGAGGCGCUGGAUUACAUCGAAGGGGAGGUCGCGGUCGAGAAGUUAAAGACACGAAACUCGGCCUCAAGGCUAGAGGAAGCGGAGGACCAAAGAUUUCCCCUGUCGCAUCCUUUGAAACGAAAAGGUUAUUGCUCGUUUCCGUUAAUCCCAGCCAAAAGGCAACAUCAGAUGUUAAAGGCGAGUGAUACCAGGACGGAGAAACAGAAACAACUGCCUGGCUCUUCCUCGGACACUAAUCCAAGCAGCGCGGAAGAACCCGCUCAAGGUACCAGCUGCGAAGGGAGUUCAGAGUUCGCCAUCAGCAAGGAAACCUUCCAACCUGACCUCAACUGCCAGUCCGGUAUUUCUCUCAAGACCCCGCCGAAGACCAAAAUUCUCCCUCCCCGGAAAGGCAGGGGCCUCAAACUGGAGGCCAUUGUGCAGAAGAUCACCUCUCCAAACUCCAAAUCAUUCGCCUGCAGCAACUAUUCCGACAGCAACGCGCCCUGCCUGACCCUGGAUGAGAUCCUGUCCCUGAAGGAAGAGAAACUGAGCGAAAACGCCAGCGACGAGGCAUCGUCCGAACAGAAUAAACUGGCGGCCAAAGACGCUGCUCCAAAGAUUGCCCUGGUGGAUCUAAGUAAAAAAUGCCUUAUCGCUUCUAAAAGACUCAAAGAGGACAAUGAAUACAGGACACAGGAGAAGGGCAGUCCCCAUGCAAAGACUGAUGUGAAGGUGACCGCGGAGCCAGAAGUUACCGAGGCGGGAGACCAGACCGCGGCAGAGGUGAAGGAGGGGGAGGUCACCACCGCUCCUGACGAUUCACCUCAGCUCUCUUCCCCCUCCUCGGGUUUGGCUCCCGCUUUGGAUCCGGGCGCAGCGGCGGAGCUGGAGGGUGGUCAGGACCCCGUGGAGGCGAAGAGGCAGGCGCCAGCCAAGUGUUGCCUCCCUCCCGCAAAGAGGCGCAGUCACCCGGCGGGGAAUAAGGUCAAACAGACCAAGAGUAAUUCCAAAGUGAAGAGGCCCAGCGGACGAGGCGGCAGGAGGAGGAGGAAACACCUCAAAGGGAGCAAGACCACAAAAACUGCCCACAGGCGCAAGAAGCAGCUGAAGAGAAGGAACCUCCCGCUGGUGGACAGCAAGGAACCGGUGAUCCGCCUGAAGUACGUAUCGUACAAGAUGCCAAGAGCGGGCAACAAAGCCAUGGCUUUUUCCCCUUACGUUCGCGUUGAGAAGAAUAACGCGGUCUCGUCCAUCUGCACCAUCAUCAACACGUUGUCAGAGGAACAGUCCAGGUUCCAGAAGAUGAAGAAGAGGUCCACGGCUUCACAGGCCCCUCUGUCGGUGAGCAAGACGCUGCCAACGUCUUCGGCGAUGUUACCGGGGCCUGUGGUGCUGGAUUCCGCCAAGCAGGGCUACCUGCUCUGCUGCUUGUGUGGAAGAGCCAAGAAUCACAAGGAACUCGGAGACCUGUUUGGACCUUAUUAUCCAGAGGACUACGUCCCGCCAGUGACGAAGAGCCAACACGUCCGGGGGAAAUUUGAGAUCAAGAAUGGGAUUAAGGAAACGCCCAGCAGGUUGUCCGUUGAACCCAAGGUUGUGGACUCGGAGAAUGAGAGCACGGUCAGUAACAGGGAGAAGGGAGCCGAGGUGGAAGAUCAGAGCCCGCUCCGGACCAGCUCAAGAGAGAAGUGCAAAAAGCUGAGCUGCUACUGCUGCGAGAAGACGGCCGAGGACACGGAGCUGAAGAAGGCGAGGAGGAGAGCUGGUGUGGAGGAAGAGCCGCAGCCGCCGGAGCUGCCUCUGGACCCGCAGGAGCGUUGGCUGCACGGGGCGUGUGCGGUGUGGACCAGCGGCGUGUACCUGGCCGCCGGCAAGUUGUACGGUCUGCAGGAAGCGGUGGAAAUGGCCAGUGAGAUGAGAUGCUCUAUGUGUGAGCAGACGGGUGCCACUCUUGGCUGCUACACCAAGGGAUGCAAUCAGAAAUACCAUUAUAUCUGUGCCAUUGAAUCGGGAUGCCAAUUAAGCGAGGAGAAUUUUUCAAUGAAGUGCUCAAAGCAUAAGAGCAUAUUGUCUAAAAUACUAUAACAGCAGGAAAGCUCCACUGUGCCAAGUGACGUUAUCCCAUAAGUAGGUGUUAUAACAGACUGCAACCUGACAACAGUAAAUGAAUGUAUUGUGAAACAGUGCAGUUAAAAGGAUGGAACGAUCAAACAUCUUAAAGCAACAUCACUUAUCCCAAAAUGCCAAGAGGAUACCAAUAGAUUGACAGUCUCAGUCAAUGUAUGUUCUCCUCCAAUGAAUCCUUGCUGUAUUUUUCUCCGAGGGGUGAUGGGGGUGGGAGGGGGGUGGGU